AUGGCCGCUGUUUUACAGAAUCAGAAGGCCGCUCUCAUCACUGGCGCAGCAUCCGGCAUUGGGUUCGCAGUAGCCAAGCUCUGCCGCAGCCGGGGCAUGCACCUUGCCCUUCUCGAUGUCGAUGCCGUCAAUCUCCCGAAAGCCAGGGAUGAGUUGGCAUCGGCAAACGCGUCUCUCAAAACGGAAUCAUAUACCAUCGACGUCGGAGACAAGUCACAAUGGGAUAGCGUCGUCGCUAAGGUACAAUCAACUUUCCCAGCAAUCGAUCUCGUCCUGUUGAAUGCAGCAAGAGGGACGAAGCCCAAGGAUUCCAACCCUUGGAUUUAUAACACAGAUUAUUGGCGACAGAUCUUCGACACAAACGUCUUCGGGCCGAUCAACGGCAUCAGCGCGCUCCUACCACUGCUAAAGGCAGACACAGCACCGAAAUCCAUCGUCAUCACCGGCUCAAAGCAGGGCAUCACAAACCCCCCAGGAGGCGGCAAUCCGGCCUACAACUCAACCAAGGGCGCGAUCAAGAUCCUGACUGAACAUCUUGCGCAUGAUCUCCGGUCCGAUGCUGCGACGGCACACAUCUCGGCUCACCUGCUUGUGCCUGGGUGGACAUGGACCGGCUUGAUGGGCAACGUCGGCCCUACGGAUGAGAGCCAAGUGAAGAAGAUGAAGGGAUCCUGGGCGCCGAGCCAGGUGGCUGAGGAGUUGGAAAGGGGUUUGCAGCAGGGGUCGUUCUACAUUAUUUGUCCGGAUGACGACGUUGAUCAGGCGCUGGAUAAGGCUCGGAUGCAGUGGGGGUGUGACGAUAUCCUUGAAGAUCGACCGCCAUUGUCGCGGUGGGAGAAAGAGUGGAAGGGCAAGGCAGAAAAAGCAAUUCAGGAGGAUGCUGCGAGACGAAGGAUCGAGUAA